AUGGAUCUAGAGAUAAGGAAACAUAUGGAGAAUUCUUGCGGAGACUCCAGCGUUGGUGUCCAGGCAUUUGUGUCGGGUGGAAGCUACCUCUUCCUUCUCUUCAAUAGAGAGGCACUCUUGGUUGGAAUGACACUUCAAAGGAUAGGAGCCCGUGUGUAUAUAAAGAAUGUGGACACGACAGGAUGCGAAAGAGGAUAUGCCAGAGAGUUCAUAAUGUCGAUUUUAAGGGUACUAUCCCCGGACCUUUCCUGCUGUUUCAGCAUUCCGAAGAAUGAGUAUAUCUUUAAUGGUAGCUCUUUGAACAAGGAAAAAAAGAUUAGAGGGCCUAGAGAAUUGCUGGAGUACUGGAUUGGGGUAUUUGAGGAGAUCUAUGACAAUGUACAUGUAUGGUCGAACCAUCACGAGAACAUAUCCUAUCCAUUCAAGCAUAUGGAUGAGAUUGUGUAUUUUGAAGACGACCCCAAGGACAGGCUGAGAAAGCACUUUGUCGGAGGCCUCGAGGAGAUGUUUGCAGCAUUGCUGUGCAGAACCGACUUUACCAAUGGAUCUCUAGUGUAUGGCCGGUCAUGCAAACAUGGAAGUGGGUGUAUGGUAGAAGCAAGUAUUGGAGAUGUAGAUGAUAUGGAGAGUAUGCUAAGAAAGCUAGACUUCUCGACCCAUUCGAAAGCAUUAGAAUCCACAAAGAAGUUUAUAUCCAGGUUCGGAUUAGCUAUAGAAUACUUUCCUAUCAAGAGAUUUGUGAAGCCUCAGGAGGACGACCAGGCCUGUAUUAUCCUGACUCCCAUAAGAAAAAUAUGA